AUGGACAUCGCCGACCACGUCGCGCUGUCGUGCUCUGGCUGUGACUUAAGUAACACAUACAUCACUGACGCAUACCAGUUAAGUCUCUUCGGUAGCUUAUGGUUCACAGGCACCGCGGUCUCAGUCCCUUCUCCAUCGCGUGGACAUCAUGCGAACCCUUCUCCAACCCGAGCGAUAACCUCCGACCGCUUUGUUGAAGGACCUUUCGCGUGCCUUGGGCCUUCCUCACUAUUCCUGGCCGGUGAGAAGGAAGUACAAUCGUCUUGGUCGCUCCCUAUUGGUCCCUUCGAGACCUGA